AUGGAUUCCAGUAAAAACCAUGUCGAACCCUAUCGAACCAAGUCUUUUAGUCGAGAGAGCAGUGUAAGCUCUUCGUUAAGCUUAUCACGUAGCCUGCCUCUCCUGAUUAACAAUGAUGUCGAUAGUGAGAGUGUCUCAGAGGCUGGGGAUAUUGGGGAUCGCUCACUUCGGAGAAGGCAUAGUAGUGGUAGAAGUAACCGUUUGUCUGCUGAGGAUUUGAUAGAACAAGGGACUGAUGAUACUUCUCGUCAAGAACAAGAUGGGUUACAUGGCCUUCAGGCCUUGAACACAUCUUCUGUGAUCAAACCUUUGCCCGAGGACAUAACAACAUCUCCUUUACCGACUAAGUCACUCUUGGCACAUGAGACAAACAACCCGGUAAAGGAGAAAGAGUGUAUGUUACCAAAAUCCUUGGAAUACAUAUCGUGCCUGAUUCAUUUGGCUGUUUUUGGUAUACUUGGGGCUAUUACGAGAUAUUUGCUGCAGAAGUUGUUUGGACCAACUGGUGCUCGAGUGACCAGUGAUGGAAGCAUCUUGUACCUUGAUCUUCCUUCCAACAUGGUAGGAUCGUUCUUGAUGGGUUGGUUUGGCGUCGUAUUCAAAGCAGAUAUAGCAAACGUUUCUGAAUUUCUAGCGAUUGGAUUGUCGACCGGUUAUUUGGGAAGCCUCACAACAUUCAGCGGUUGGAACCAGAAAAUGCUGGAUCUUAGUGCCGAUGGCCAAUGGGUCUACGCUGUGCUUGGCUUUCUUUUAGGAUUGUUUCUCACAUCGUACUCCAUCAUUCUCGGGGUUGAAACAGCCAAAGGUUUCAAAUGGCUUAUUCGCAGAAGAAGCUCCGCGGAAGGAAACUCUUGUCUCAAGGUUAACACCUUCAAGAGCCAUAUUGUGUCUAUGACCAUAAUGCUUCUGUUUCUCGUGGCUUUACUCGCUGUGAGUGCCACUCUGCUUGUAAAAGAGUUUGACAAAGGAACUAGCGAAGCUCAGCUAUGGUUAGGUUGCUUAGUUGCAGCCCCUGGUGUCUGGCUCAGAUGGUUCUUAGCCCGACUCAAUGGACGUGGACUGGGAAAAGAUAGACAACACUUGAGGUGGGUCCCAUUUGGCACCCUCAUUGCAAAUGUAGCUGCAGCUUGUGUCAUGGCAGCUUUGGCCACGUUAAAGAAAUCGGUGAACACGACAACAUGUAACACUGUUGCUUCGGGCAUACAGUUUGGUCUGUUGGGAUGCCUGAGCACGGUUUCCACCUUAAUGGCGGAGUUCAAUGCGAUGAGAGAAAGUGAUUACCCAUGGAGAGCCUAUGUGUAUGCAUGUUUCACCAUCGUGGUUUCUUUUGCGAUCGGAACUGUUAUAUACUCGGUCCCUGUUUGGGUAGUGGGGUUCAGUUAG